CACACACAAAUAUAUAUAUAUAUAUAUAAACCAGAGUUCCGUGACUCGCGGCGAGUCACGCGAGUCAGCGGGCCGAGUGACCUCCGUCGGGUCACGGCGACCCUAACCCGGGCCCGGACGAGUCACAGGGUGUGACUCGCCUGACUCGCCGAGUCAGCGAGUCACCCCCUGACUCGCCGAGUCCGAGGGUCGUGACCCGGCUGGCGCAGCUUGCAAAAAGUGGACGCUAAAACAAAAAAAACAUAACACAUUUUUAUUAUGUUUUGUGCCGUUUGCCUUUGUUAUAACCUUAAAAGGGAUUGCCAUUCAGUUUUAUGAGUGGAAGAGAGGAAAAAAGAGAGGAAGAGAGGAAAAAAGAGAGGAAGAGUUUUGCAACCAGCUGAGAGGAAGAGGUGAAAUACUUGCACAAAUCACAUUGGGGCAGCACUACAGUUGCAUUGAGAGCAUCAAGGAGCUCAUUUCAAACACUUGUCAACAAAUUUGAAAGAGCAGCCCUCACGUUUUGAAAACAAUUUUUUUUCCUAAUGGCUCAUCCUAAUCCUCCACCUAGGAAACAUGGUCAAAAAGAUGAGGCAUGGAAAUACACUGAAGAAUUCCCUGGUAGACAGAGAAAUCAAACCAAGUGUAUGUUUUGUAAGGAAAUUAACCAUGGGGGGAUAAAUAGAUUAAAAUAUCAUAUUGCUGGCAUACGUGGUCAUGAUACUGAGCCUUGUGACAAGGCAACUCUCGAAGCAAUCCGUUUUUGUUACGUCCUAUUAGAAAACUUUGAAAUACAUAAGCAAACCAAAAAAAGACAAAGAGAGGAGUUAUGUCAUAUUGGUUCCCCUCCAUCCACAUCCGCAUCCGGCUCCACAUCCACAGCUGCAUCCAUAGGUUGUGUUGGAGAGGGUCCUUCUAUGCCUCCCUUUUGUCCUAGUGCUUCUGCUAGUGCCAGUACUUCUAUUCCUACUCCUAGUCACACUUUUGGUCCUAGAGUGCGAAAAUCCAAGAUAGACAAUUUUUUUGUACCACGCACUACUCCUGGCGCACAACCCUCGCUUGAGAGCAUGUCUUGGAACAAGGAGGUCCAUGAUGCAGGAAGAAAAGCAAUUUGCAAGUUUUGGUACUUCUGCAACAUUCCAUUUAUUGCAGUCAGGUGUCCUUAUUGGCAAGGCAUGAUUGAUGUAGUAACCAUUUGUGGGCCGGGGUUUAAAGCCCCUAGUGAUACUGAGUUGAGUGGCCCUCUCUUGUUGGAAAUGGUGGAAGAUAUGAAAGUUGACCUAGAGGACCACCGCCAAUCUUGGAGCCAGAAGGGUUGCACCAUCAUGACAGAUGGUUGGACUGAUAGGAGGAAUAGAACACUCCUAAAUUUUCUUGUUUCCAGCGGAGGAUCCACCAUGUUUUUGAAGUCCAUCGAUGCUUCCUCACAUGUCAAAAAUGCGGCAUACUUAUGUGAGGCUAUUGAGGAAGUUAUAGAUGAGGUGGGGGAAGAAAAUGUGGUGCAAGUGGUGACGGAUAAUGCAGCAAGUUAUGUUGUUGCAGGAAAACUUUUGAUGGAGAGGCACCCAAAAAUCUUUUGGUCUCCAUGUGCGGCCCAUUGCCUUGACCUCAUGCUGGAGGAUAUAGGUAAGCUUGGAUGGGUGAAAGAAUGCGUUGAAAGGGCCAAGAAUAUAUGCAAAUUUAUUUACAAUCAUGCAUUGGUCCUUAGCAUUAUGAGGCAAUACACGGGGGAAAGGGAGUUGGCUCGUCCUGACAUAACGAGAUUUGCCUCAAAUUUCCUCACAUUGAAAUCCUUGUUAAAAUCAAAGGCAUCUUUGAGGCGCAUGUUUGUUGGUGAGGAGUGGACUUCCUCAUCCUAUGCUACGACCACUGCAGGGAUGGAUGUAGUAGAUUGCAUUUUUGAUGAGCCAGGUUUUUGGAUCCCUUGUGCAGAGAUCGUGCAGGUCACUGAGCCCCUAGUAGUUCUCCUACGAGUUGUUGAUGGGGAGAAGCCCGCUGUGGACUACAUAUAUGAGGGCAUGGAUAGGGCCAAGGAGGACAUUAGAUCCAUAUAUGCUGGAGUUGAGGAUAAGUAUAGGCCCAUUUGGGACAUAAUUGAUAGAAGAUGGCAUAACCAACUUCAUAGGCCCAUCCAUGCAGCAGCUUAUUACCUCAAUCCAUCAUUUCGUUUCCGUGCUGAUUUCAAAGCGGAUGAGGAGGUUCUUAGCGGGCUAUAUUCAGUAGUACAACGGAUGGUCACUGAUACCACAACUACACUUCUUGAGAUGGAUGCAUUUAAUAAUGCAUCAGGGGCAAUCUUUGCUAGCCAAUUGUGCAAAGAGGGUCGGACAAAAUUGCAGCCAGAUAGAUGGUGGCAAAUGUUUGGGCCUUCAACCCCAAACCUUCAAAAAAUUGCCAUCCGCAUAUUGAGCCAGUCGUGCAGCGCUUCUGGAUGGGAGCGCAAUUGGAGCAUGUUCGAGCAAAUCCACUCGAAGAGGCGAAAUAGAUUUUCUGUGGAGAGGUUGAAUGAUCUAGUCUUUGUUCAUUACAACCUCCAUCUCAGGACCAGACAGAUUUUGGACGAUGACUCCUCUCCGAUCACUCUAGAGGAAGUCGACCCCGCGUUCGAUUGGCUCACUGAGUCCACCGAUCUAGUCUUCACUGAUGAGGACCUUGAGUGGGUUGACCAGGCAGACAGAGAGGCUGAGGCUGUGGCUAUGGCAGAGGAGGAGGAUAGAGCACGAUCAGGCACAGCAGCUAUGGCUACUCAGACUGGCACAUCACAGGCAGAGACUAUGGCUACUCAGUCAUCCAGGACCUACCUUAGACGCCUUUGUAGGAGGCAGAUAGACGAGGCCUGGUGUUAGAGCUGCAAAGGCUGCUGGGAUGGAGGUGGUAGCUGUGCCAUCUAUUCCAAAACAAGCUCAUUUGUACACUGAAGCUGAUACUGUGCUGAGUAAUCUGUUUGACUUGCGGCCUGAACACUGGGGUCUUCCACCAUUUG